AUGGCUCCGUACGAAGACGCGUACCUGGACCAGGACAUGGCUUAUCCUAUCCUGCAGCCACCAUCGCAGGAUCCUUUCGUGGAUACCCCCAGCAUGCUGUCGGGAAUCGUACCCAUGUCUGACCAGGUGAGCGACGGCUCCUCGCCGCUAUCAAAUCACACCGCGUCGGCGAAUGGGUGCGACGGCGAAGACAGCGACGACACUUCGCCGUUUGCCAAGCUUCUGCCCUCUACCGAGAUUCUCGCCGAUAACGACGACGACGAAGGCAGCAGCACUGACGACGUGGGGAUCAUGCACAAGCCAGUACAACGGGACGUCAAGGACCCGCAGAGACCCGUGUCUGCCUACGCGCUGUUCUUCCGCGACACCCAGGCUGCCAUCAAACUCCAGAACCCCCACGCCUCCUUCGCCGAGGUGUCCCAGAUAGUGGCCUCCAUGUGGAAGGGACUCGAACCGGAGCACAAGCUCGCGUACAAGAGGAAGACCAAAGCUGCCAAGAUAGAAUACCGCAGGAAUAUCGCGGAGUACAGAUCCAGAAUAAGUAUGAAUGGCGCGGCCGAUCACCUGGACAUUAGCCGAAGGAGCGGCUACAUGAGUUCGCCACCAGGGGCGAUGCGCACGCCACCAAGAGACGACAUGUCGCCUCUGCAGAACAGCAAUCCGCUACUGAGCUCUGCGAUGGAUGACGGCUCACCACGUGACUACAUGGACGUGGCCUCUCCCGAAGACGUGCUAAGCACCCAGCAGCAGCCGAGGCAGCAGCCUCCCAUGACACUACACUCAGUGUCCAUGUUCCAGAAGCCAAAGCAGUUGUCAAUGAUGCCGAAGCAAUGCUCCCCACAGCAGGUGAGGAUGCAUUCUCCUCAAGCUUUGGCUCUUUGCUGCGCAAGUGACCGGCAGCCGGUGCGGUCGCCUUCACUUUGCAACCAGACACCCGGCUGCGGUGGAGUCAUGCCAAACAACCAUUGUCGGAUGCCAACGAUUACGUUCACUCGCUGCCGCCGAAGCGGCUGCCCCAAUCCUCCCGUUCCUUCGCAGGAGUGGGACGUCGAGUUCUGCAGCAGUGAGUGCGUCAUCUUGCACUGCAAGGCUGUAUUCGCGGGCUGGGUAGCCCAACGACAAAUUGCCGACCGCCUCCUUCCGCAGUGAGACACGUCA